AUGCGUGCGCUCGCCCAGCACCGGACGCUCUCCCUGUUCAUUCAUGCAUUCUUUUUCGCCGCGUUCGUGCUUUUUCUCCUGGUCGCGCUUUCCCUGCCGAUCAUCAAGGCCAUAUACGUGCUGCAGCUGAACGCGGUGCCAGUUGCCGGGCAGCCCGAGACGAAUGUGGCCACGGAGGUGCGGUUUGGGGUGUGGGGGUUCUGCGCGACCAGCGUGUUGAACCCACCGACAUGGUUUACCAACCCUGGAGACUGCAUUGGCCCCCAGCUCGGGUACCGCGUCGACAACAGCACGACGCUCGGGCAGGACAUCCUGCUCUUGACUGGCUACCCGCAGCUCGUCGACGCCAUCACGGAGACGCUUACCGUCAUCCUAGUCCUGCAUCCUGUCACCUGCGGGCUCUCGUUCAUUGUCGCAUUCACAUCCUUAUUCCUGGAGUCGCACGCUAUGUCGACGCUCUCGCUCAUCAUCGCGAUCGUGACGGCGCUGCUCAGCAGUCUGGUGUUCGCGAUCGACUUGGCGCUGGUGAUCGUGGCGAUGAACGAGGUGAAGAAUAUUAACCUUGGCACGUUUACGAUCAGUUUCGGGAAUGCGGUAUGGAUGGUGCUGGCUGGCAUGGUCCUAACGUGGGCGGGGGUCAUUGCGCUGAGUGCGAGGGUUUGUUAUUGCUGUGGGGUGCGUCCUAGUGGUGGGAGCGGCCAAUUGUGA